AUGCCGUAUGAAUUAUGCAGAUUGGCAAGCAGCAAUGACAUCAGUUCUUGGCAUCCUUAUUAUUAUAUCCCUCUUAUAUUCCCAUAUGAAAAUGACAUGGCAAUUAAUAAAUUUGAGGUGGCCGGCACCUUGUUUUCAAUCUCCAGUUGGAGCCAAAUGGUUCAUUUUUUGUCUUAGGAUGACAAAUUCCAUUGUGAAUUCAGCCGAAUUCACAGUGAAACAGUCAAGACUUCACUUAUCAACUUCCUCGCAAAGCUGAAUGGCACCAAUGGCCAACCUGAUCCAAGUUGGAAGAACGCCACCGAUCCCUGUCUGGAUGGCUGGAGAGGCGUGAUCUGCGAUUCUCAGACCAAAACUUCCGUCAAGAGGAUCUAUCUCAACCAGUCUCGUCUUUCCGGAGUAUUUGAUGCUGCUUCUCUCUGCAAUGUGCCAGCUCUGGCUUUGUCUCUUGUGCACAUCAAGCUUGAUCAGAACAAUAUCAGUGGACAUCUCCCAGCUGAAAUCGCAAACUGCAAAAACCUGACACGCCUGCUUUUACGACAGAACCAAUUUUACGGAAACCUUCCUGACUCACUACCGACACUUAUCAAUCUGGAAAGACUCGACAUUUCCUUUAAUAGCUUCUCCGAUAACGUUCCAAAUUUGACGCGGAUUUCAGGUCUUACGACUUUUCUUGCUCAGUACAAUAAGCUGACAGGCCAAAUUCCAAAUUUUGAUCUCACCAAUUUCGUAAUGUUCAACGUUUCCUUCAACGAUUUCACCGGUCCACUUCCUGUCAAGACAGGAUCUUUCGACGAAAGUAGCUUCAGAGGCAAUCCUGGAUUAUGCGGGCCUCUGAUAAACAAAAUUUGUGCAAUCUCAUCUACAAAUGAAGAUUCCGAUCACAUAUCGAAAGAUCAGAUUCUCAUGUACUCAGGAUACGGAAUAGUCGGCUUACUCGUUUUCCUCGCCAUACUUUACAAGCUGAGUCAAAGAAACAAGAAAAAAGACAAGGUAAUGAAUACAGUUAGCAAGGUUUCUGAUGAACAAAGUGUAGGCAAGUCGAGCGACGUCGUCGUUUCAACCGAACAUAAAGCCGAAUACAGCGCUACGGUUUCUUCGUCGUCGCUGGUGGUUCUAACAAGCCCGGUAGUGAACGGAUUCAACUUCGAGGAGCUAUUGAAAGCUCCGGCGGAGUUGAUCGAAAGAGGAAACCAUGGUAGUCUAUACAGGGUAAUGUGUGAGAAUGGAUUGGUGUUAGCAGUAAAAAGGAUUAAAGAUUGGGGAAUUUCAAGCAGUGAAUUCAAGCAGAGAAUGCAGAAUAUAUACAAAGUGAACCAUGUUAAUGUAUUGCCACCUCUUGCAUUCUAUUGUUCUAAACAAGAAAAGCUUUUGGUUUAUGAGUUUCAACCGUUUGGAAGUCUUCAUAAAUUCCUCCAGGGAACUCAAACAUGUCAAUCAUUCGACUGGAUCAGCAGACUCAACGUUGCAUCAAAAAUCGCCGAGGCAUUAGCCUCCAUGCAUCAAGAACUUCGCACCGAAGGCAUCGCUCACGGAAAUCUAAAAUCCUCGAACAUUUUAUUCAACACCAACAUGGAGCCAUGCAUAAGUGAGUACGGACUAAUGGUUAUUGACGACAAUCAAAACAACUCUUCGUCUUCAUCAAUGCGCGGCAAUGAGUUCCAAGCAGACGUUUAUAGUUUCGGGGUGAUUCUGCUUCAACUACUAACCGGAAAACUAGUGCAGACCAACGGUGUUGAUCUGACUACAUGGGUGCAUUCCGUGGUCCGAGAGGAAUGGACCGUCGAAGUUUUCGAUAGGGUGCUUACGGCAGAAGGUGCGAGUGAAGAAAGGAUGCUGAAUUUGCUUCAGAUUGCUAUCAAAUGUGUUAGCAAAAACCCGGAGAAUAGGCCUGCCAUGAACCAAGUUGUUUCGAUGAUCAAUACUAUUAAGGAGGAAGAAGAUAAAUCUGUUACUUUUGAAUCUUCUGUCUGCGAAUGAACAUUA